CCGCCCCCUCCUCCCGCGUCUUCUCGCCCUCCCCCGCCUGCCCCUCCGCCUGCGCGCCCACCCGCCAGCCCUCCUCCCUCGCCCAAUCAGAGAAUGAUCAUCCCGGUUCGCUGCUUCACCUGCGGUAAGGUCAUCGGUGACAAGUGGGAGCCGUACCGCGAGCUCCUCCAGAACAACAAGCCCGGCGAUGCCCUGGACAUGCUGGAGCUCCGCCGUUACUGCUGCCGCCGCAUGCUUCUCACCCACGUCGACCUGAUCGAGAAGCUGCUGCGUUACAACGUGCACGAGCGCCGCAACAACUAGGGACCUUCUCCCCUUCUCUCCCCUUAUCUUCCCCCCCCCCGCACACACACACACACACA